AUUUAUGAUUGUGAAUGAUCUUAAAAGUACCUGUACCUAUUCUGUGAAUUUAAACUUCUCUGAAUAUUGUUACUGUGUGUCAAAAAUGGCAAACACAACUGAUAUAUCACAAUUUCUAAUACCAAACGAAGUUCCAUUCAAUUUCUUAGAAUGUAAAAAGGCAUUUGCAGGCUUAACUGCCAAGAAAAGUUAUAUGCACAUUAUUUAUGCCGGGCGUCUUGGCAAGGUGCUCAGAUAUGUCUCCUGCAAACAUCGCCGGAGUCGCCAGGGAUUUUUCUUCUCUUUCAAAAAAUUUUCUCUGCCGAAAGUGUCGAAAGUUUUUGUGCAGCCGCUCAGCAAGGAGAGAGUGGUUUGUCCGACAAUGAAAUAAAGGUAUGCUACUGUUGUCAUGUGACUGUGAGUCAUGUGACCUUGACAUUAGGGAGCUUAAGCAAGUGAUGUUUUUGACAACAGAUGCCAACCAGAAAUCAAGUGAGCUGUUAUAGAAUGAUGUGAUGAGCUGUUAUGAGUGAUGGCGACAACUGUCUUUCGUUGAAAUCACAAUGUGAAACUUCAUUGACUAGCAUUUUCUUGAUUUUAAGCAAGAACUGCUGAUGUGAUCACGCGCCAUCUGUAAUGGCUCGAUUGACUUCCGGUGUUGUCUUUGUUGCCAAAACACCACUUGCUUAAACUCUCUAUUGAAUCAGUGAGCAAGUUAGGAGUUAUUAAAGUGGCUCUCUUGUGAAUUGCCUGGGCUACUUAUUGAAUGUUGGGGCAGUUAGGUGCCAGUGUAGGUAGUAAAGAAUUUAAUUUGGAGAAAAGCUUGCAAAUUAGCAGGGAUGGAUUUACUGGGGGGGGGGGGGGUAUUUUAUGAUAAGCAAAAAAUAUUAGAGACAAAAUGAGAUACAGUAAUUUGAGGAAUAACAUGAUGACAAGCAAACUUUGAACAACAAUUACAAUUCAAAUACAGUAGUCAAGCAAGACUUUACAGUAGUCAAGCAAGUUGAUGGGCGGGUGGCACACAUGAUCAAAACAACUCUGCACCAGAGCUGGCAGAGCACCUCCUCUACCAGAUCAUAUGCUGGAUCCAUCCUUGCAAAUUAGGAUACUUAUUAUGUCUAUAGUAGCUUAUACUUUAUACCUACAUGAUACUUGGCAGAAAACAAGAAGUACUAGACUGUAAUAUUGGUGUACCUCUGGUAUGUAAGUAUGCAAAACAUUGUACCUUGGGGGUCCAGUGUAAUAGGCUGUUGUGAUUUUGGUUAGAACUGCCUGAAAAUAAUUAAAAACACUUGAAGUAGUAUUUAUGGAAAUACAUGUGUAUUCUAAUAAUCUUGAUAUUAUUGAUUGAAUUUCAGAGUUUGAUUGUUUUUGUGGCUAGUUUCUUUGGUAACAUGGGAAAUUAUAAAUCAUUUGGAGAUACAAAAUUUAUUCCAGGAUUGGCAAAGGUACAUACUUAAUAAUUGACUGAAUGAUUAACCCACUGAAUGCCAGUGAUCAUUACAUGAACAGUUAGUCUAACGGUUGAUUAUAGUACUGUUACUGAUUUGUGUACACAUGGUGUACCUAUUUUUAUGUAGUUUUACCUUUGAUGGUAUUUUAUAAAAUUAUUUUGCCCCUCUCUUAAUGUAUUGGCAUGCUGGAACUAGCAAUUGUUGGAUCCAAAACAUGAUGGCAUUUUCUGUUAUUCUUUGUAAAUUAUUCAGGAAAGAUUCAAGGAUGCCAUAACAUGCAGUGUUGCUUAUAAAAAGGAAAAAGAAAUUAUUGAAAACCUUUGUACAUCAGUGCUUGAUGAUCUUUAUAACUUGAGUAACAGACGGACACAACUUGGACUUGAGGAACAGGUCAGAAAAUAAGAAAAUACAGUAUGUACCCAACGUACUACUCAGGAAUCACCGAAAACCUUGGUCAAACCAGGAUGAGAGUUGAUGAGGGUUGCAACCAGAGGCAUAGCAAUGGGAUGGGGCAUCCGGACCUGCCCCCCCCCCCCUUUUCACCAGGAACAAUUUUGUAAUUCUUUCAAAACUAAGGAGAAACCUCUUAAUGUUUUCAUCCAUGACAUAAAAUAUACCAAAUCUGUGGCUUUCAGAUUAUCAAAAAACGUGUCUGUCUGAAAUAGCGUUUUGCAGACCCUACAAAUAGAUGACUCCCCCACUUGCUUGUUGUCAUACCCCUGGUUGCAAUUUUUGCUUGUGCUCGCCUGUCAACUCUCAUCAAUUCCUAUGCACUCCUAUCAACUUUGAGCUGGUUCAAAUUUUGAUGAGAGCUUUCGCUAUACGUGCGCAAUAAUAUCCAGUCAACUCCAUUAACUCUCAUACAACUCUUGUUCUCAUUUCAUCGGGGCAUGAGAGUUGAGAAAAGUCAGAAAACUCUAAUGCGAAUGCUUGCUUUUUAACUCUCAUCAACCCUCAUUUUCGUUUGACCAGGGAUUAAUACUGUGACUGCGUUCCAAAUGCGUCUGGAAUGCGUCCCAGUUCAAUUGGAACGCUAUUUAGAACGAACAGUGGGAACGUAAUUGGAACACAAACCGAAUGAGUUCUGGACGUGUUUUCUGUUACGGUUCAGUGAUUCUAUUCUUGUUCUUAUAUUUCCAAUAAAGUUCUCUUUACCUGUAGGGAUUAUCGACAUAUUACUCCAGCAACUGCACACGCGAUGAUGUUGUACUGGUUCAAGAUUUUAUGAAAGAAAAGGUUUUGACAACAUUUAUACUAGAGAGACGAAUGGUCCGAGUCGUCAUACUAGAGUAGAGCCACGUCUGAUGAUAAUUUGUCUGAGCAUAUAAAUACUAGAGAGGUUCAGAUUUGUCUUCCACUACCAUGCAUUAACCAAUCAUGCAGAUAUGUUUUGGCAAGCUCUACUGGCUUGUUCACGAAUGAUCUGUUUAUGUGUAUGAACAAGAAAACAGAAAUCUCAGCAUGAAAUCUCAGCAUAGUUUGUCUACUCGUACGAACUUGUUUGUAUUGUUCGUCAUAACAAGUGAUUUGCUUCACUUUCAUUUUAAGAUCGAUUUCAUUUUCUUUCCCUAUAGGAAAUCAGUCCGUACAAUACCCGGCUGUUUAAAGUGGAAAAAGAAGGAAAUGUAGAGUACCAGUUACGUUUAGCGUCUGUAGCCACAACAGGUUAACGAUGUUUGAGAUUUUGUUUGAAGCAUGAAUACCAUAACUCAAAAUUUCCUGCUGUUUGCAUGCAUAGAAAUGCUCAAGAAAAUCUUCAAAUCCAAGAAAUAGAAAGAAGAUUAACAAUCCGAAUGUUUCAUGAAUUAGGCCCGCUCAGAGCUUAUAUUUCAUCUAGGUAAACUCGCUGGAGGAAAUUUUCAAUUGACCAUUUGCGUAAUAGACUAAAUUUUGAACUAAACAAGUCUAGACAAAUAUUCCAUCACAGCUUGAAGGAGCAUCACAAAAUUAGUAAUAUUCCAAAGUUUCGUUGCAAAAUGUUGUAAAAUGCGGAAAAUAUAGCCUUGCGAAAUUUGCAAUUUUCAGUCAUUUUAGAUUACAAACGGGAAAUUGACAGCCCCAAACCCUUCGAGGCUGUCAAUUUCCGGUUUGUAAUCUAAAAUGACUGAAAUUGCAAAUUUCGCAAGGCUAUAUUUUCCGCAUUUUACAACAUUUUGCAACGAAACUUUGGAAUAUUACUAAUUUUGUGAUGCUCUUUCAAGCUGUAAUGAAAUUUUUGUUGAGAUCAAAAUUUAGUCUAUUACGCAAAUGGUCAAUUGUGAGGUGUUUUCAAUGAGAUGAAUUGAAGCACUUGCUUACGAUUUGUCGAUAGUAAAUGUGAACGGGGAGAGCGGACUGGUUAACUGCGUUAAAUGAGCAUUAGCCCAAAGCAGGAGCACAAAAACUUCAAGCUAAACAGUGAGUUGUCAUGAAAUAAGCACAAGCAUUAACAUCAAUUUAAACGCAUUUGUAAGUUGCUUUUAGGCUACGUUUCCACUAUACAGUAUCGCUUUCCGUACCGACACAAGAAAGCACCCAUCCGAUACGGAGAGUACAACUUGAAUUGAAAUGAAUUGAAUUGAUUUAAUGAUUACUGACUUUGUAACCCAAAAAGGUUAAAUUACACCAGUAUUACAUAUAUUAAGAGAGGUUAAAAUUACAUAAUAAUUACAUAUUUAAGAUUAUUCACAUUUCUAAAAACUUAUUUACUGUUAAUCUUUAAUAUACUUUGAGGUAAAAACGAAUUCUUAAAACGUUCAGUUCUACAAAUAUAAUUAUGAUAUUUACAUAUCGGUCUUAGAUCAUAUCCAGAUAAAAUUGUUUGUGGUAAAAGGUCUUUGAGAUUUUCAUUGUCAAUAUUCUUCUCAAAGAAAUGUUCGCAUAAUUUUUCUCGGCGAUCUCUCAGCGACGUGAUGUUAGUCGUGAUCAGCGCUUCGUCAUACUUUUGCGAUGGAAGGAUGAUUCGCAACGCACGUUUUUGUAUUCUUCUCAGAAGCCGGGCGAAACAACAUCUCUCCGUUGCAAUAAGGGACGGGUCAUUAUUUAUGGUGGGGGGUGGCACCGAAGAGAAAAAGGUUGGGUAAACUAAAUUUUGAGUAAGUAAAAGGUUGGGUAAAUGAAAAACAAAACAACUCAAGGGUUGGGUAAUAAAAAGUUAUAGUCAUGCAUAUGUCAAUACAAUAUGUGAAUCAAUCAGUCACUGUACGUCUUGAUCAUUUUCCAAUUUGUUAGAAGACAAAUGGUGUCUCCAAAGUAAGCACAUGUGCAGACAACAUGAUACAUUAGACUGCAGCAAAUUUCACAAGCAGUUAUCAAACUCCUGUCACAGAAAUAGGGUAAAGGACAUAUGUGACAACUGAAUGGUAACCUUUUGUAAAGUUUAAUUUUGGCCAGGGGUGGGUAUUUAUUUUUUACUUGAUAUUUGAGGUUGGGUAAUCAAUUUUUUUACUUUUUAAUGGUUGGGUCAGCAAAAUUUUUGCCACGAAAAACAUUUCUCUUCGGUGCCACCCCCCACCAUAAAUAAUGACCGGUCCCUAAUUCCUCUGAAAAUAGCGUUCCUAAAAGGUACGGAUAGGGGUUUUUUCACGUCGCUACGGAAAACUACCCCGUACAGUGUAAAGGUAGCCUUAAUGUUUCCCUCAUAUUUGUCCUUGUUCUUAUGCUUAUUUCAUCGGGAUUAUUGUACUAACAGUUAAUAUCAGGUGUAUUUUCCACUCACCAGCCGAGCCGUUGCCAGGUCCAGAUGGUCAGGAAGACACAGUGCCUUCCUAUCUUGGCGAACAUGUGUUUAAGAAAAACACCAUAAAAGUACUGCGUGGUGAUUAUUCUGGCAUUCUUAAGGAAAUGGUCCAACACUUAACCGAAGCGGAGGUAAAUGGAUAAGCCCGAUAAGGCAUUUCAGGCAUUGCCAUGACGAAAACCAAAGUGCUUCACAAAUAGCGCUCCUUAGUGCGACGCUUUUUCCCGAAGGAAAUCAAGCUCCAGAGGCUUAAAAUACGAACAUUUUCUAGGGUCUCUCACCCCCCCCCCAAAACUUUGCACUUUUCUAGUUUACCACCUUGUAGUUAAGUCCUUUUUCCUUGAUGCACCCACCCCCCUGAUGAAUCCUUAAAUGAGCCCUGUGCACUACUAUCGUGAAUAAGACAGCUGCGGAUACUGAGAGAGAUACAACUAUACCUGAAAAAUAGAAGCAGAACUCGACGUUUUGAGUGAAUGGAAUGGAAAAACUUUAUGUAUAGAGGGUAGCCCAUUCAGCUCAAUGGCUGGUAUUCAGGCCCUUCGUCUAACUUCUUUGGUAGGAAUGCAACUACCUGAAAAAUAUAAGGAGAAUUUCGACGUUUCAAGCGAAGGCCCUUCGUCUGGAGUUAAGCCCAUUUUCUACUAGGCGAAUUUGUUCGCGCGAAGCGAAAACAGCUCUUGGCAAUGUGAUUGGUCAGCGAAAAAAUUCGCUACGAAAAAAUUGGAUCAGUUCCUACUGUUUUACUGUUCGUGCGAACAAAUUCGCCUAGUGGAAAUUGGGCUUUACUGUUGAAGUCCUGCUUCGAGAUUACUACCAUAUAUAGAGUGGUUCAGAUUUUGAUUUCCGCCACCACUACCGUUCCAUUAACCAAUCAGAUGCAUUUAAUCUACCUGAUUAACCAAUCAGAUGCAUUUAAUCUACCUGAUUAACCAAUCAGAUGCAUUUAAUCUACACGCGUAAAAACUGAGAAAAUCAACAACUUGUUGCAAGUUGAUAUUGACAGGCGUGAACAAGGUUGUGCGGCCCACUAUGAACAGUAUUGUUAACAUGAUGUUACAGCAUUGUUCAACUGUAACAACUUGGAACAACAUGGUUGACAACUUGUUCACAGUUCGCCGCACAACAUUGUUCACGCCUGUCGAUAUCAACUUGCAACAACCUGUGCGUUUUUAGCCGUGUACCCGAUUAACGUGGUAGUCAAAUCUGAACCUCUCUAAUAUAAAUUUCGUUACGUUAAUAUAAAAUUCGUUACGUUUCUUUCUAUUAGAAAUAUGCAGCGAACAGCAAUCAAUCAGCGAUGCUAAAAGACUAUAUUCAUUGUUUCAACACGGGGUCUAUAGACGCGCAUAAGAACGGUUCAAGACAUUGGAUCAGAGAUAAAGGUCCUGUUAUAGAAAGGUACGACGGACGUAUUAUUCGGUCGAAUUAGAAAAAGGUAGAAUUUAUUUUUCGGCUAAUAAAUGGUGGUUGUACGGAACGAGUGGUAACAAGUCUGUAACAUCUUGUGCUCGAAAUACCCGAGUCAAUAACCAUAUAAGUCUUCCUUGAAAUACUCAUGAAUUAUUUUGAACGUGAAAUAUUUUGGUCAGUUAUAUAGGUUUCAUAGAGAGUUACCGUGAUCCGUUUGGUGUGCGCGGGGAAUUUGAAGGUACGGUAUAUUUUGUGAUUUUAAACGUAUACUUCAAAUUAUCUGUUAGUUAUUUAACCAACGAACGAAAUAGGUUGACCGCGCAACCCUCUCUCCUCCCCUUCUCCUCCCCCUCUCUAAAAGGCUCGGUGUUAGGGUUGGGGACUUCGGGUUUUGUUAAUUUGGCAACCUUAAUUCACACCCGUAUGAUUUGAUCGUUAGCUGGUCGCCAUGUAAUAGUCAUUUAGGGGUCCUGGGUACGAGGUCCAGUUGAUUUGAAUGUGAAUUUGUCAUGUCAGUCUUUGCAACUAUAGAGUUGUGACGUCACUUUAAAAUCAUGUAUAUAUUUAUUAAAGGUUUUGUUGCGAUGGUCAAUAAAGAAAUGAGUAAAAAGUUUGCGAAUUUGGUCAACACAGCCACAGAUCUCCUACCACUGUUGCCAUGGCCACAAGAAUACGAGAAAGAUAAAUUCCUGAGACCAGAUUUCACUUCGCUGGAUAUCUUGGGUUUUGGUUCUAGCGGUGUGCCUGCGGGGAUCAAUAUUCCUAAUUGUAUGUUGAAUGAAAUUACAUAAGGUCGAUUUAAACUAACACAACGUUUGCCUAAAACUGUCGCAUGCAACCUGCUUACAACUUGAGUUGUACUGUGUAAAUCAAACACACAACUUGCUUACGUUGUAGCCGGUUGCAUGGGACAGUUUUAAGGCGGUUUUCCACUAGGCGAAAUUUUUCGACCGAAUCGAAAUUUUCUUUUGUCUUACAAGCACUCAGAUGGAACUAAACAGAAAUCUUUUGAAUUUGAACAAUAGAAAUUUCGGUUCGGUCGAAAAAUUUCGCCUAGUGGAAAACCACCUUUAGGCAAAAGUUGUAUGGUGUAAAUCGGUCUAUACAUGAGAGUCAAUUAGAGUUGCGACUCUCCCUCGUGUUUCACCGCCAACUUUCAUCAACUCAUCAACCAUCAUCAAUUUUGAGAUGGUAAACAUUUUGAUAAGGGCUGAUAAGGGUUUUUGCUUGUUUGACUAUUACGCGCGGUAAUAUCCAGUCAACUCUCAUGCAACUCUUGUUCUCGUUCGAUCAUGUUACGAUAGUUGAUAAAACUCUCAUUUGAAUCUUCGUUUACUAACCCAACCACUCUCCAGGGCUUAAAAAGUGCUUGAACUAUUAUGUGAGGGGAGUGGUUCCAUUUUGAUUCCGACAGACCCCUAUCCGGUACUCUGGUUUCUAGCGGUCUGUAGUAAGACCGCAUAGACUGGGCCAAUUUAGAGGGAUGGUCCUUGCUGGACUUGUACAGAACUGAUAGAGCUAACAGUAUAAAUAAAAUCAGUUUAGUGUAAGUUUGAUUCUAACAACCAACGGCAACGCAAGUUUAGAUAUCAUAGAACCGUUCAGUCUAGAUAGUCCUUGAAUUUUGUAAUAAAUGUCCUUGUACAAAUAAUUUCUUCUAACUUUGUACAAAUAAUUAGUUCACUGCUUUGAGUUUCGUUAGCAUAAAAAUCAUUCGUUAUUGUUUUCAAUACCUGUAGAUGAUGAUAUCAGGCAAAGGGAAGGAUUUAAAAACGUCUCCCUGGGCAACGUACUAGCAUCUCACAGCAGUAAUGAGAAAGUCACUUUUAUAGCUGAAGAACAUCAAGUAAGAAUAACAAGUAACAAAAUAGUUUCCAUGCACAGAAAAGCUUGAAAUAAAAAGCUGGUACAAUUCUUACAGAAAUAAUAAUUGUAUGUAGGAAUUAUAUAGCAAGUUAAAGGCGCCGUCGUUUGAAGUCCAAGUUGGUUUACACGAGUUACUGGGACAUGGUAGUGGGAAACUUUUCCAAUUGGUAAGUUUUUAAAACAAAUCCAGAUAAAGGAAUGUAGGAUACGGAAUCUACGAAUCGGGAUCCUAGUUCGCCUUGGGUUGCUUUACAUAUAGGGCGAUAUGAUAUUAUAAUUUCGCCUUGGCCGUAUGAGUGUUUCCAGUUUGACUCUACCAAACACCACAGGUUUUCAACACUGGACUAAUAAGACACGGACCAAUUACUGGAUCUUUAGCUAGGAUGGACAGUUUAGAACUGAUAGAGCCAUCCGGUAUUUCUAAAACUAUAGUUUGUAUAAUAUCAGCGCAAAUGUUGUAAAAAAUGGACUAUUGAAUGGUUGUGUAAAACCCGAGUCGUACAGCGUAGCAGCUUUUCACCCUGACAAGUUUUCACGAUUCAGUGAUCAGAAUGUACCAUGAUUGUCUUUUCAUCGUUUUGAAAAUUCCACUGUUCUACAUGACAUCCAGGCACUCGUGCUCUGCGAAAGGUCUGUCUUAAUAUGAUGUAGUUGUUAAGGGCAAUUUAAAUAUCGUUGUUGUCUGAAUUCGUGACAGAAUGAAGACGGGACAUAUAAUUUUAAUGACAAGACACUCGUACCUGACACUGAUACUGUGGUGAACAGCUGGUAUAAACCUGGCGAAACAUGGGAUAUAAUAUUUCAAGAAAUUGCUUCGACGUACGAGGAAUGCAGAGCAGAAUGUGUUGGCUUGUAUCUUUGUCUUAAUAAUAAAGUGUUAAGGUCAGUAUUUUGAAUGGCUUGCUAAAGUUAGGAAGAACUGUUCGUUUUGGUGGUAGUUGUGGUUUUAUUAUACCAUACCAUACCAUACCAUGCAUGCCAUACCAUGCAUGCCAUACCAUGCAUGCCAUACCAUGCAUGCCAUACCAUGCAUGCCAUACCAUGCAUGCCAUACCAUAUACCAUAUUAUGCCACACCAAUACACCAUACUGUUUCUUAAUACAUUACCAUACCUUGGCAUACCAUUUCAUAUCAUGCCUCACCACUCUUAACUGUCCGACUUUACCAUACUAAUACUACAUAUAUACAAUGCCAUACCAUACUAUACCAUGCCUUAGAUAUUACAACGUAUUCCACAUCAUACCAUCUCGCACCAUAAUACCAAACCACACCCUACCAAACCAUACAAUAACCAAUUUCCAUACCUAACCCAGCAAUACGCAUUUGAUUGGUUAAUCGGGUAGAUUAAUUGCAUCUGAUUGGUUAAUGGUAACGGUAGUGGUAGUCAAAGUCUGAACCUCUCCUAAUAUGUUUCAGUAUAUUUGGUCAUGAAGGUGAAGAAGCAAAGAACAUUAGUUACAUCAACUGGCUAAACAUGGUCCGAGCUGGUUUGAUUGCUCUUGAGUUUUACACACCCGAGAAUAAAAAAUGGCGGCAGGUUGGAUACUUAACUUUUCUGUUCCUGAUGUACCUAGUAUAGAUUCAAAAUAGAGUUUUAUUGUGUAGUUUACCAAACAGGGGUCGAUUGUACGAAGGCCGGAUAGCGCUGUCCACCGGAUAGUGAUUAUUCAACCGUUGUAAAGAUGAUUGAAAAGAUAUAAAAUUACGGAUGUGGACGUCACAAUUGAUAAAAAGAAACUUUAAUUUAUAAAUACCAGAGUUUAACCAAAUCGUUUUCCAGUCUAUAGCGCUAUCUAGCCCUUUGUAAAACCGGCUCCCUGUAAUUGGGAACGGUUUGUGCCAGCGUAGGUAGUAUCAAAAACGCGAGAGAAAUGCAGAUGAAUAUGGAUUCAACUAAGGUUUGAAGUUGAAUAUGGAUUCAACCUUGGUUAUGUAUUUUUCAGGUAAUUGAAUCCAUAUCCAUCUGCAUCCCCCUUGUUUGGCAAAGUAGGUUACCUCAGGUUAGUUCAUGUUACUUCGUGUAGUAACACUUCAUCAAUAAAGGAUAGCCGUAACUGGACUUCGAGGGAGAACAAUUUAGAACUGAUAGAUAGUUAUCCACUAGUCAGUCAUAUAUUUUGACAAUGUUAGAACUAAGCCUUUUAACAGGGAUCUUAUUUGACGUCUGUUUUAGGCACACAUGCAAGCAAGAUACGUGAUCCUCCAAGUCUUACUGGAAGCCGGAGAAGGUCUGGUCACUAUAGAGAAAACUGAGGACGAGGAUAGUAAAGGAAAUAUUUUGAUUAAACUUGAUAAAGAAAAAAUACAAACAGUUGGAAGAGACGCCAUUGGAAUGUUCCUCAAGAGACUACAGGUUUGUCCUUGUGUUCUCAGAAGGUAUACACAAUAGAAUUCCAGGGCUGUUCAUAUGAAGCUAGGCUGACCUGGUUAAGCGGGAUGAUUGGUUUAAUAAAGUUUUUAUCACGGCUUAGACAAACAUCCAAAAUGCGAUUUCAAAGUUGAAUUAGCUUAGUUUGAUUCCAGUAAGAAUAUAAAGUUCAUUCAAACGAUCUUUUACGAUCAGGAACAAAAUUCGUGCCACGAUUCAUCGCGGCCACAGCCGGGAUGGCCCGGCUCAUAUGAACAGUCCCUUGGAAUGGUAGCUCCAACAAUCAAGCGCUAUGAUUGCUUGAAGUCAGAAAUUUCAAGAAAUUUGUUUUGUGGCAAAAUAUGAGCACGAAAAUUGGCAUAUCAAUCAAUCAUAGUGACCAGUUUCCAAUUCUAGAUUUACAAAUCAACAGCGGACUACGAGCAAGGUAAAACGAUGUACGAUGGUUAUUCUAGCGUUGAUGAAAAAUUCUUAGAGUUGCGUAAACUUGUCCUGGCCAAAAAACAGCCCAGACGAAUGUUGGUUCAAGCAAACACAAAUAUACAAGGUAGGAUAGUAGAUGUUUUCCACUCAUCCAUAUAAAACUGAGCUUAGGCCUGUUUCAAAGGUCGCGCUUCUCAUGUACCGAAUGCAUUACAAACAAUAGAUAAUGAGGCAUUUCAGCUGAUUAUCUAUUGUUUUUAAUGCGUCCGGCACAUGAGAGGCGCGACAUCUUAUUAUAUUAUUAUGUCGUGAUAUUGUUAUUAUUGUAAUAUAUUUCAGGUGAUGAUGUCAUCCUGUGUGAAUAUGCCGCGAGUGCUGCUGGAAUGAUUACGUCAUUCAGCGAGAGAUAUCCUUCCCAUGAUGCAGUAUUGGAGAAACUUUGGCGGGACGAGGCCAUUUAUCAUCAGUACAAAUAAUUUAUGACUUCCAGUAGGUAAAUAAGCAUUGUCAAAUAAAUGGAAGUUAUUUGAAAAUACGUCACACAAUUUUCCAUCCUUGGAGAUUAAUAAAUAAUAACAGCUACAGCUUGAUUAAGUAACUUAGGGCGUUUUCCAUUAACUCGGCCAGAACGGUCAAAUUGUUGAACGGAACAGAAAACGUUUGGGCUUCGCCUUCGGACCUUUCUGACCGGAAAAUUUGGAUCAAAUUAGAAGGAGACACAUUUUCGCAAGAUUUUUGAGAAACGUGGGCCAGAUCUUACCAUUAAUACCGAGACAGAAAUUCUGGUCUAACCGGUCUGGUCAUUAAAUAGAAAGCGCCCUUAGAAUAGUUACUUAACCGUAGCAUCACCGUAAGUUUGAAUAUUUGAUAAAUAAAUUUAUUUCAAGUUCAAUGGAAGAAUUGUUAUGAAUGAUAAUUAGGUAAUCAUUUUAACAUUCAACAUCUGCUAAGUUCUACUCUUACAUUAUGUUGUUCUUGACCUUGGAAGUGGAAUUCAUCCUCCUUUUCAACACAGUGCCUUACUGUUGUUUAAUGUUAUUAUGAAUACAUAAAGAUUUAUGAUGUUAAGUCAAUCUAAUCAGUCUACAACAAGACAGACUACAUCCUUGCAAACAACGUGAUUCAGGCCAUAUCGAGGAUCUAAAACAGGCUGUACCAGAAACCUCCCAAGCCUAGCAAAAUGGGUGAUGGUAGAAAUUGCGUUAUUAAACACUAUUCAUUGACGUUUAAUCCAGGUGCUUGACAACUUUUCUGAAUAUGCAUACCUAUUUCCAGAAUAAAAAUCUACAACCUAUUUACAAUAUCUAUCAGCCUUCAUUUUCUCUCGUCUGUCUAAUAGUUUCUCGCGUAUAUUUCCUUGUUUCUUAGCUUUUUUAAGAUCACCUACGGUUUCGCUAUUAAUUCGUAAUUUUCUGUCUUGAAAACUUUGAAAUUUCUUCACGUAAGAUAAUUCACAGCUUUUCAUAUCUUGGACAUCUUCUGGUAAAACGCUUUUUUCUUCCGUGCU